UUUGUCCCCUUUGAGAUAUUCCCUAAAUAGCAAACAGGUAAAGCAGGAAUACUGGGAUUCUACUGUAUAUUGCAAUUUAGCAACACUUAGAUAUGAUUAAUUAAAUAAACAUAGUAGUUUAUCUUCUUUCAUACAUAUAUCGUACAAUGCUUAACUGUUUCCUUGACAAUAAACUAAGACUUAAGGAAAGAUACAGAUCAUGUUAAUGAGAAGACAAAGCUUAAGCAUUAUCUAAGAGUGCAGUAACUGGUUAGGACUCUAGGCGCCGCUGUUCACCAUCUAGGAGAUUCAGGCUGCACGCGCGCACACCCCACAACCAAAAAAAAAAAACCAAAAAAAAAAUGUAGAACCUCCAUCACCGCCAGAUUGAAAACGGUCUCCCUGAGGCUUCCUACAUCCUACUUCUGGACCACUUUCCGCUGUGAAUUCUCCUGAAAUUUCAGUUAAUUUAGGCUCAGAAGAGCAGAGAAACAAUACUCUUGGUACUGGACUGGGAGAAAACUGUGAGGCAAGUAAGCAAUGGCGAUUUGGGUGAAGCUGCCCCGCAGUAGCGGGCCGGUCCUGCUGUUUCUUUCUCUGGGGCUGUUGUUGGAAGCAUGGGCCGGCAAGAUCCUCUACUCGGUGCCAGAAGAGACAGAAAAAGGCUUCUUCGUGGGCAACAUUGCCAGUGACCUAGGGCUACAAUCCCAGGAGCUGGCGGAGCGCGGAGUCCGCAUCGUCUCCAGAAGUAGGACGCAGCUUUUUGCUCUGAAUCCGAGAAGCGGCAGCUUGGUCACCGCGGGCAGGAUAGACCGGGAGCAGCUCUGUGCUCAGAGCGAGCGGUGCCUGGUGAGUUUUAACAUUUUGGUACAGGAUAAAAUGAAGCUUUUCCCUGUUGAAGUAGAAAUAAUUGAUAUUAAUGAUAACACUCCCCAAUUCCAGUUAGAGGAGGUGGAAUUUAAAAUGAAUGAAAUUACCACUCCGGGUACCAGGAUCCCUCUGCCUUUUGGGCAAGACCUUGAUGUGGGUAUGAAUUCGCUCCAGAGCUACCAGCUCAGCUCCAACUCUCAUUUCUCCCUGGAUGUGCAACAAGGAACUGACGGGUUUCCACACCCAGAGAUGGUUCUGCAGAGUCCCCUGGACAGGGAAGAAGAAGCUGUCCACCACCUUCUCCUCACUGCCUCUGAUGGAGGCAACCCAGUGCAUUCAGGAACCCUUCGCAUUCGUGUUCAGGUGGUGGAUGCAAAUGACAACCCUCCAGAAUUCACUCAGGCACAGUACCACGUGAGUGUCCCAGAGAAUGUGCCUCUAGGCACUCGGUUGCUCAUAGUAAAAGCCACUGACCCAGAUGAAGGAGCCAAUGGGGAAGUAACAUACUCCUUUCAUAAUAUAGACCAAAAAGUAGCCCAAAUAUUUCAAUUGGAUUCUUACACGGGAGAAAUAUCAAAUAAAGAACCCCUUGAUUUUGAAGAAUACCAAAUUUAUCCAAUGGAAAUUCAAGCUCAGGAUGGUGCAGGCCUCAUGGCAAGAACUAAGGUGCUGAUUAAAGUUCUUGACAUAAAUGAUAAUGCUCCAGAGGUGACAGUCACCUCUGUCACCACUGCAGUCCCAGAAAACUUUCCUCCUGAGACCAUAGUUGCUCUUAUCAGUGUGCAUGACCAGGACUCUGGAGACAAUGGUCGCAUUACAUGUUCCAUUCCUGGAAAUCUACCCUUUAAGUUAGAAAAAUUAGUUGAUAAUUAUUACCGUUUAGUGACAGAAAGAACACUGGACAGAGAACUUACCUCUGGAUACAACAUCACAGUAACAGCAACAGAUCAGGGCACUCCGACUCUAUCUACUGAAACGCAUAUUUCAUUGCAAGUGACAGAUGUCAACGACAACCCCCCUGCCUUCCCCAAGGACUCCUACUUUACUUACAUUCCGGAAAACAAUCCCAGAGGAGCCUCCAUCUUCUCUGUGACGGCCCAUGACCCCGACAGCGAUGAGAAUUCACGAGUCACUUACUCCCUGGCCGAGUACACCUUCCUGGGGGCACCUCUGUCCUCCUACCUCUCCAUCAACUCAGAUACUGGCGUCCUGUAUGCGCUGAGAUCUUUUGACUAUGAGCAAUUACAAGAACUGGAACUGAGAGUGACUGCUCAUGACAGCGGAGACCCUCCCCUUAGCAGCAACGUGUCACUGAGCAUAUUUCUGCUGGACCAGAACGACAAC